CUCCAUAGCCCUUCCCUUACCAGACAUAAUUCUUUACUUAAAGAUACACAAAAAACAAAAUUCAUAUUGCUUGCUAAAUAAUUCUUACUGGCCAAAUUGUUUUGUGUCUAAUUUUAGAAAACGAAGAAUGCAAAUAGAAAUGGAAUAGAAUAAUAGCACUACAUGUGGUAAAAGUAUUAAAGAAAUGAAAGAAGGAGAAAGGCUAAAAGACAUGUCAUACAGGAAAACCUAGACGUAGGGGAUAUGGGCUGUCUGUAGAGAAUUUGUGAAAAGACUUUGGGUUGAGACAAGCUCAGCAACACUUCAAGAUCUUCUCAAGUUACUUAUACAUUGAGUCACCUACACUUUUAUUCACUUGCCUGUCUGAGGAUAUAAUAAAAUAGAAUAAACAAGUAACAGUCUGUCUCAGUAAAAAUAAGGGCCAUGGCACGUAAUGUAUAUGUAAUAUGAUUCUAACAUAUAAAAUAUAUGAUUAUUAUAGGUUUGUGCUUUGCAUUUGUUAACUACAAAAAGCAUACAUUAAGUCUACCACUGGCUUUGGCUAGGAUGGAUUCACACAGACCAGGCAACCCUGUCAGCUAUGUGGACGGAUAGCUCUGAAAACGGCAAAUAGAGGUGUAUUCAUAGAUGUCAGCCUGUUUAGUACAUAUGUGACUAGUUAUUGGACUUUUUUUCAGUAUUGUUAGAAUCAUUUGCUAAAUAUAUUCUUACUGGAUUUGGGUCUUAUUCAUGUAGCUGCAUGCAAAGCUCCAGGUGCUGAGACAUUGCACUUUAAGUGGAGAAACCAUAAAAUGGCAGCAAACAUGAGCAGCAGCAGCAGCUGUAACAGUACAUUUUCAAAGGACUUGUUACCUCCCAUCUAUGGUGUGGAGAUGUGUGUGGCACUGGCAGGAAACAUACUGGCGCUGUGGCUGCUUGUGACUAAGGAGAGAAAGAACUGGCACACAGGAGUGGUGUUGUCCUGCAACCUGAUCAUCAGUGACAUCCUUUAUGCCCUCACACUCCCACUUCUCAUUGUCUACUAUUCAAAAGGACGGUUCUGGGGAUUUGGUAAUGCACUCUGCAAAAUAGAGCGUUUUCUCUUCACCUGUAACCUCUACGUCAGCAUUUACUUCAUCAUGUGCAUCAGUGCUAAUAGAUACCUGGCCAUAGUUCAUCCCUUUUUCACACGCAGCUAUGUAAAACCGAAACAUGCCAAGAUUGUCAGUUUGUUUAUGUGGAUCUUAGUGGCAGGCUUGUCAUCUCCGAUCCUCUACUAUUCAGGUUUAAAAAAAGAAAGAUGUUCCUUAUUCGCAGAUUCAGGACAUGAACAUAAAAAGUUAAUAUACAGGUUGUUUAUGGCUGUUAUAGGCUGCUUGAUCCCAUUUUUGGUUACGUUUGCAUCCUAUUUUGGUGUAAUAUGGGUGGUUUUCAAAAAUGACAACAUCACAUCGCUGGAGAAGAAAAAAGUGGCUCUGAUGGUGGCUUUAGUCUGCAUCCUGUACUCAGUGUCUUUUGUACCUUAUCACCUUUUGCAAAUAUGGCACUUUAAACUGAAGUAUUUAAAAAUUUCUAAUUCUUAUGUGUGUAAUGGAUACCAAGUCUCAAAGGCGUUAGCCUGCGUGAACAUGUGCCUCCAUCCCAUCCUGUACAUGACUGUGUUUGACAGUAUCAGGACAGUGUGCUGCAGAAGGAGAUCAACUGACUCUACUUAACCUACUUUUUUAUUAUCUACUUUUUUUUAUUAUCUUAGGUUCGCCUUAAAUUUAAAAUUGCUUGUUUAUGGACUGUUAUUGAGUGUGUAUUAUUGAAGCUGUGUAAAUAAAAUAAUGGCUGUAAUAAUGGA